AUGGAUAGAAUUGAAGGAACACUAGGUAGAGUCAUAAAGUCGCUUGAGGAGGCAAGGAAUGUCCUCCAAGGCGAAUGCCGUGCUGAGUUGAUGACCCGACUGCACAACUCCGAGACUCUGCCCGACCGAAAACUUUACGAACUGUCCGGCGAGGCAACUCAAUUGCUGCAUGAGGUUGAGUUGUUAUUGGAGCCUCGGCCCAUGAUAUUAGCAAAUUACUUUCUUGGAUCCGCGAAGACCAAGUGCCUCAAUGCAGCCGUGGAACUGUAUAUCCCGGACAUCCUGAAAGCCGGCCCUAUGGACCUUGCCACGCUAGCAACAGCGAGUAAGGCGCGUCCCGAUAGGCUCAAACAGGUGAUGCGGGUACUUUGUAGUGACUCGGUGUUUGGCUUUGAUCGCAAAUCUCAGCGGUACUCCCUGAAUGAGUGCUCCCAAUUACUGUUGACCGAUCAUUGGACUCGCUGGUGGCAUUGGGUGGACCUCUAUGGCAAUGAGUUUUAUGACAUGGCACGUGGAAUUCCAGCAGCUUGUCGUGAAGGCGAGACGCGGAUGCCCUCACAGAUUGCUUUCGAUACUGAUCUGAGCAUGUUUAGUUGGUUUGCCGCCCAGGGAUCCUUGCAUCGUGUACAUCGGACUUUGGGAGGUGGAGCUAUUGCUCAAGCACCAGGAAUCGUUCAGGACUAUCCUUGGGGUGAUGUUGCCGACGGGAAGACUACCGUAAUCGACGUUGGUGGAGGAGGUGGGGGCUUAAUCGCGGCCCUGCUGCGGGCCGUCCCGAACCUGCAAGGGGGAGUUUUCGACCGUCCUGAGGUUAUUGACCACGCCACUGAAAACUUCCAUGGUGACUCUGGGAUUUACCGGGAUGUUGGGAGCCAAGUGGCAUUGAAGGACUUGCACAAGGGAGAUUUCUUCCAGUCUAUCCCCUCGUACAAAGUAUACACGAUGAAGUGGUGCUUGCAUGACUGGAAUGAUCACCAGGUAGUCCAGAUUCUCUCGAAUAUUCGCAAGGCCAUCAUCCUAGGACCCAAUUCGCGAGUCGUUCUUUUGGAAAUUAUGCUUCGGGAUGGGCAUGUUGGGCACUUGUCUCGGCUUGCUGACUUGUCAGUCUUCAUGGCGGCCUCUGGGGUAGAGCGUGACGAGGACGAUUGGCGUGAUUUGGCACGAAAGAGCGGGUGGAAGAUCCAAUACGUUUUCCAUUUACGUAACGCUUGGCCUGUAGCAAUGGAGCUAGUACCGAUUUAG